AUGAAUUCUAUAAGGCCCCUACGACAAUACUCUGCAGUGAUAUCUGCCCUGCGAACAAAUCAUGGUGUCAUGAGGCCUCGAGUAAGCCACGCGAGGAGAAGCUAUGCUACUGCAACUAAAGCAGAUCUGUACGACGUUGUAGUUGUUGGUGGUGGGCCGGCAGGACUGUCGUUGGCGAGCUCUCUGCGUUCAUCAAGUGUAACAAACGGCCUUCGGGUUGCACUUGUUGAGGGUUUCGAUUUGGCUCCCGGGAGAAAUUGGAAGCCUGAGCCCCAAACAUUUUCAAAUAGAGUCAGCUCACUGACACCAGGGUCGGUUGGGUUUUUGACGGAUAUUGGAGCAUGGAAGCAUGUGGACCGUGACCGUGUCCAGGCCUAUCACGGCAUGCAGGUUUGGGAUGGCAUCUCGGGCUCUCGCAUUCAAUUUAAUUGGAAUCCAUCCGCCAGUGAAACAAUCGCAUACAUGACUGAGAAUACCAACCUCGUUCACGGUUUACUCUCGCGCUUGUCCGAGCUGGGUGGAGUAGAAGUGAUAGACAAGACCCGCGUUGAGAAUAUAUCUUUCGGAGAGGAUAAUGGAGAGCUUGAUCUACGAACAUGGCCAACAGUAGAGAUCACAGGCGGGAGGAAGCUAACGGCGAGAUUGUUAGUCGGUGCGGAUGGUGCCAAUUCGCCCGUCAGAACGUUCGCUGGAAUUGAGAGUCGCGGAAAAAACGGCAUAUCAGAGAUUCUUGCCGUCGGGACCAGUGGCACUGCUACCUCUUCCUGGCGAUUUUGCAACCCUCGUAUGGUCCACAACCCCCAGAACGCGGCAAAGCUCAAGACCUUGGCACCUACAGAUAUGGCUGCUAUGGUUAAUGCAGCGUUUAGGCUGAGCCAUGUAGAUAUCGACUUCAUCAAAGAUCUUGAUUCUGGAAUUGCGGGAGAAGUUCAGUGGAGAGAAUCAGUGACCCAAUUCGAUUAUACCCGUGUCCCUGGAAGGGUCGUGGGCGUACAGGACAAAUCAGUUGCCUCGUUUCCACUAAAAUUGAGGCAUGCCGAUACGUAUAUUGGGGAACGGGUUGCAUUGAUUGGGGAUGCUGCGCACACAGUUCACCCACUUGCUGGCCAAGGACUGAACCAAGGAAUCGGCGAUGUUCAAUCUUUAAUCAAGACUGUUGAGACAGCUGUGCAGAACGGGCAGGAUAUCGGUUCCGUUCUUUCUCUUGAGCCAUACUACUCCGAACAAUACUUCAAGAAUCACCUUAUGUUGGGUGUCGUUGACAAGCUCCAUAAGCUAUAUGGAACAACAUCUGCCCCAAUUGUGGCGUUGAGGUCUUUUGGACUGAGUGCGGUUGAUGCAAUGACUGGGUUGAAGUCGUUAAUCAUGAAGCAGGCUUCUGGGGGCAGAUAA